AUGGAUAAGCCUCCUCACCCCUCAUCACUUGGUGCCAUAUCCCAAAAUUUCUCUCUGACGCGUGGCAUCAUCAUGCAGCCAUCAUCAAAGCUCUGUGGCCCUCUGGCUGAGGCUAUCGAUGAAUUCCUGGAGGAGAUGAAGGCUCGCGACCGGAAAGGUCGAUUUUAUGAGGAAGUUCUGAACUCACGGGCCGUCAUGGCAGUCUCCGAAGGUCAAAGAGGAGUGAAAGAAUGCACAGAAAAACUGAAGGAAUUCGUCAAAGAGAUCGAGCGCCGCAAAUAUUCAUCAAAGAUGAUCAGAACUCUUGGCGCGAUGGGCCCUUUUAUCGACGGGUUGCAGAACAUGAUGUCGGCUUGCCAGACCAUGAUACAAGCGAGUCCAUUCGCAGUGGGUGUGGUUUUUACAGGUGCACAGGUGGUUCUAGGACUGGCACAAAAGAUGAGUAAGGCGUUCGAUGUUGUCACUGAAACGAUGGUUGAGAUUGGUGCUUUGCUCAAGUGUUACGCCAAGUUCGCGGUUGCAUAUGAAACUUCCGAUGAAGUUCGUGAGCGACUAGUGGCCUCAUAUAAAAACAUUGUGAAGUUUUGGGCCACAGUAACGAAGCUUCUCGAUCAGAACCUCAUUAUUACCGCAGUUAAAAGCAUCAUCAAUCCUUUGGCAGAUGAGAUUCAGAGUACCCUGGAGUCUUUGCGUCGAGAUUGUAGUAAGGUGGAGUCAAUAGCUCAAGCCGAAGAGGCUGUUCGAAUCAACGAAGGCAGGAAAAUGUUGAAAGCAGAAAAUGAAGAGAGAUUGAGAAAUGGCAUUCGUGAGUGGAUUAGCGCGGGUGAUGACCUUGACGUCCGCGGGGACCUUCAAUUCCACUCCGAGCGUAGGCAUGGCACGACAUGUUCCUGGAUAUUUGAAGAUGGGAAAUUUCAACAUUGGCGCGACGGUACAUCGGACUCUGUCUUAUGGUACAAUGCCCCUCCAGGCUCAGGAAAGACUGUUCUGUCAUCUGCCGUGGUCAAGCACCUAACUGAGAGAGGCUUGCCCUCUGCAUACUUCUUCUACUCGUUCAGUGACUUCACCAAACGCAAGCCCCUAUCGGGUUUGAGAGCUCUGGCACUUCAACUGAUGAAUAUUCUGAAAACCGGCAUUCCCGACCGAGUUGUGGAGCUGUACCGACAGGAGAUGGCAACUAACGCGAGACAUCUACGACUCCGAGGUCAUGUGUUGGAAGUUCUACAUGAGUUUUUAAAGCAAUGUCCUCUCGUCUACGUCAUUUUUGAUGGGCUAGAUGAAAGCCUAGAUGACGAGAUAUUGCGAGAUAUAUUCACCUCUGUCGUCUCGGCUCCAGUCUACGGAACAGUGAGAUGGUUCUUUGCGAGUCGGAAGGAGGGGGAGAUCCAGAGCAUGAUGGAGAAGUUAAACGCGAUAUCCUUGUCGCCGACACCAUCCAUACUUUCGGCCCAAAUCAAGCUGUUUUUGGUUGACGGUUUGCGUCCAACUGCGAAAUCGCUAGAGCACGUCGAUGACUACGUUGAGUACAGCGAAGGGAGCUUUCUUUACUCGAAAUUUCUGCUUGACACCCUUCUCGGGAAGGGGGUUACGUGCGACAGAGAUAUUAAAGAAGCGCUUCAUGAGUUUCCCCAAGGAUUGACGGGAUACUAUAUGCGCAGUUUGCUGAGACUAGCCUGUCGCAGUCCUCCUGAGCGUAACCUUGUGCGGCGUCUUUUCACGAUCCUUGUCACAACGGUCCAAUCCAUCACCUGGAAUGAAUUGCGCAAUGCCCUUGCGAUUAGGUCAGGUGCUUCAGAUUAUUCAAACGACUCAAUGCCAAAGGAGGACGCGAUUAAUGAUUUAUGUGGCUCACUGUUGCUAUUUGAUCGUUCCUCUGAACAGGAUAAGACCAAUCCUAAAGUGAAAUUGUUUCACAAAACAAUCCAGGACUUUUUGCUCCAAGAUCCCCAAGAUCUACCGAUUGGCAAGUCGUUUAGCCAUAUGGAAGAGUUUAGACUCAAAGAGAUGAAGAAGUUCUUUGUCGACCCUUUGGAGGGUUGCAUGAGCGUCGGGUUGAAUUGCAUGACGCUUUUGCAGUAUCGCCGCUAUCGGUCAUUUUCGGCAGCAAAAGCGAUCUUGGACGACAGCAGUGCCGAAGACGCGUUCUUGAGAUAUGCCGCAGCGUUCUGGUUUCUACACUUUAUGGAUUCAAAGCAUCAUUCCGAAGAAGUUUUCCAGGUGGUGCGAGAAUUCAUGGAAAGCUCAAACUUUUGGACGUGUGUUGCCCUCCAGAGCUAUCUCGUACCUUACAACUUUGGUUAUUAUGCGCGAACAGGACCGAAGAAAUACAAAAUGCGCGUCCGCCGAGCAGAUUGGAGCAAGGCCGAUUACUUUGCUGUUCCUCUCCCCAGUUGGCUUUGCCAGUACCCGUAUGGAAAAAAACUGGACCAAGAUUUCUGUUCAUUCGUGAGUGACUGGCACGAGGUUCUUGCAUCACGGCCGGGUAACUUGGACCAGUGCGUGUCGCUGAGCACUAUGCAAUCGAAGAUUGGAGAGAAUCUCCAUCAAUCGGAACGAAUUAAGGUCUGGAGAUUUAAUGACAAGGUAGACCUUGAGAAUAUCGCGCAAUUACGGGUCACCUCGAUCUCCCUUUCAGAUGGUAAGCUGUUCGCCGAGUUGGUCUGCAAGUAUCGAUCCGAUCCUCCCGGACGUCUUCACUACCACCGCGUCUCCAUUUUUUCCAAGGGAACAAAGAUUCACGGAAGCUUUGAGACAAAUCCUCAAUUGAUGGAUCUCGAAAGUCUGGACACGGACUUUCAACUUGCGUGCAACGACUCCCAAACCCGACUCUUAAAGGUCGGGGGGUCUGAUCUCCAACUGGAGCAGGCAAUGCACGGUCUAUCUCAGACUUUCUCGGCUCCAAGUGCCUGGAAAACGACUGAUUCAAAUCAAUUUUGGCGUGCGAAGUGGAGAUCUAAUUCCCUCAUGUCUCACCGGAAGCUCGCUCUCUUUCAUAUCGUCCUAGAGACAACUCAGCCAGUCAAAGAAAAUCACGACGAUUCAGAGUCCUCAGACUCGGAUUCCGAGACCAAUUCAGACUCCAGUUCUGAAUCAGACUCUGACUCUGGCUCCGUCAAUGAUUCGCGCUACGACUCUGGGUACGAAGAAGGAUCCUGUACCAAAGUUCGAUCUACAUUUCCAAACGACUGUGUGGUCCUUGUGGGGGAAUCAAACAAGCCUUUAUGGAUUCCUAUCACUCUCAACAAGCGGAUUAGCAAUGGGGUACCAUAUGCAGUCCAUCCCUUUUUACCCAUCGUCGUGCUGAAAGAUCUCAAUGGCCACGCUAUCAUUGCCAAUUUGGAAACCGGUAUCUGGCGUACUGAAAAUGAUUCGGACCACUUAGAAGAUAAAGGACAUCAAGAGAUCCACUUCUCUCCAUGCGGUCAGCUCCUCUAUUCUUUGCGGACAUGGUUUCGAGAACAGGAGCGACAUGCAGAGUGUACAGUAUCGUUUUCCACAAGUCGCUUCACUCCGAACGAAGCUGGUAACAGCUCACUGGAUGAUCCACGCAUUCACCGACAGAUAACGUAUAAGAUAAAGGAAUCCGUGGAUAGUCUCCCAUCGGAUCUUAUUAUUAUGCACUGGAGCGACAAAGAUGUCGUCGUCGCACUACCACCGCUCACAUGCGAGCCAAAAAUAGUGAGAUUUAGUCUUCCGGAAGUACCUGAGAUUGGACCCGAUACCUUUUUGCGUGUUGAAACUUUACAUACGCCAAUCUUCUUCCCUUCUUCGGCCGUAGUGUCGAGCCCGAUACUACUUUACCGACAUAGGUCUUCAUCAAAAGACCACGAAAUGUUUCUGGCUCUCACUCAAAAGAAGUCGGCUUCUCACUCUACGGACUCUGAUGAGCAGUUGCCCUCUUCUACGUCAUCACCCGUGGUGAUUCGAUGGAAGAUACCGCAUGGAGAUGGAUGGAGAAAGUGGGAUCCCGAAAUUGAUGAAGAAUCGGAAGAUCUAAAGAGAGGUGUUGACGACGCCCGCAUUUUGCGUGGCGACUUCGUUGAUGGCGAAAAGCGAUUCUCCGUUCCUAUUCGGAGCGGAUUGGACUGGACACGGUUGGGGUUUUUGACAUGUUGUUAG